CCAACGCAGCGCCAUUUCCAUCGAACCAAAAAGAGACCAACGAGUCAAAGAAGAAGAAUCGAACCACAGAAACAGCAAGAACAGCAUCAAGAACAAGGCGAAAUCGAAACCAGAUUCCGUACCGAAACGAAACCAGAAGAAAAUAUGCAUUCUUUUGGUUAUCGAGCCAAUGCUUUGGUCACUUUCGCCGUUACGAUUCUUGCAAUUAUGUGCACCAUGGCCUCCUUCUCCGAUAACUUCAACUCUCCCUCUCCCACGGCUCGGGUUCAGGUGUUGAGCAUUAACCGGUUUCAGAAGCAGAUUCAUGGAAAUGACGAGGUCACCAUGACCCUAAAUAUCUCGAUGGACUUGCAGUCCUUAUUUACAUGGAACACAAAGCAGGUUUUUGUUUUUGUAGCUGCUGAGUAUGAAACUCCUAAGAACUCCUUGAACCAGAUCUCGCUGUGGGAUGGUAUAAUACCUUCCAAAGAGAAUGCAAAGUUUUCGAUUCACACUUCAAACAAGUACCGUUUCAUCGAUCAGGGAAGCAAUCUAAGAGGUAAAGAAUUCAACUUGACACUGCAUUGGCAUGUGAUGCCGAAGACGGGUAAAAUGUCUGCCGAUAAGAUAGUGAUGACUGGGUAUCGCUUACCGGUGGACUAUCGAUGAAGACGCAUCGAUAUGGUAUUUAAAACUUACUCUCACAUAUAUGAGAAUACAAAAACUUGAGUUCAGCUGAGUUAGAAAUUUUCAGACAGGAGAAAAGUUGGUUGUAUGAGAUAGAUACAUAGCGAGUCUUUCUUGCUUGGACUUUUUGAUUCAUCCUUCUUUUCAUUAACUUUGGCCUCGCCCUUUUGAUUCACUAGAGUUGGUAUAACAUGACUCACUUUUAUUAUGGUCAAAGUAUAUGUUUAUAAUUUUUCUUCAA